GAGAGAGUCACGCCAUCGGAACAGAAGAACAUGCUUUAAUUCUGAAAAGUAGAGGUGAAAAAAGGGGUAAAAAACUUUCACCUCUGGAGCAACAAUCGACUAUUUGGGCAAGGUUACGGUUGUUUCGUGCGUGUCGGAAUGAAGUCUAUUCAAAUCUUACUAUCCACUGCACUUACUUUCCUUCUCUCUGGACUUUCCAUGACCACCGCCUGCAACAAGGCUCUCUGUGCCAGUGAUGUCAGCAAGUGCCUCAUUCAGGAGCUGUGUCAGUGCAGGCCCUCAGAUGGGAACUGCUCGUGCUGUAAGGAGUGUAUGCUCUGUCUGGGCACACUGUGGGAGGAGUGCUGUGACUGUGUGGGGAUGUGUAACCCCAGGAACUACAGCGACACUCCAGCUACCUCCAAGAGCACGGUGGAGGAACUCUACCGACCCAUCCCCUCACUGUUCCGUGCCCUUACAGAGGGCGAAGCACCCAUCAACAUGAUGGUAGUAUCCUUCCCCGUGGCCGAGGAACUAUCUUACCACGAGAACCUGGUGUCUUUCCUGAAAACAAUGGAGGACCAGCACCAAAAUGUCUCCCUGCCCGGGAACAGUAUCCACGCCAGCUACGAUAACACCCAAAGUACUGCAGAUAACAUGUGCACAGUGGUGUACUUUGACGACUGCGUGUCCAUCCGCCAGUGCAAGCAGUACUGCGAGUCCAUGGGGGGCUCCAAAUACCGCUGGUUCCACAAUGCCUGCUGUGAGUGCAUCGGCCCGGAGUGCCUCGACUACGGCAGCAAAACCGUCAAGUGCAUGAACUGCUUGUUCUGAUGGAAGCCAAUGGGACUGGCCACAUUAGGGUACUGUGCUCAAACUGCCACUAGGGGGAAUAUCUGGAGUAGCGUAUGGUGAAGGUUGACUGAGGAUGACUAGAGUGCCUUUGCCUAUUAUAACAAUGCUUCAGUAUUUUGAUGUAAAAUAUUAGCCCUUACGAAUUAUUUUCGCUCUUGAUGCUUUGUUUUUAUAUAUUUUCUAGGUUCUCUAGCGAAUUAGAAAUAUAUGGAUUGUGUUGUAUUUCCACGUAUUGUAAUGCUGUUGAAAGGGUCACUCAAUGCCAAAUAGAUUUUUAGUUGUUUAAAGAGAAGUGGUCAAAUGGAAAAUGAGUAAAAAAAAUAUUUACUAUUUUUGUACAUUGUAGAAUAAUAGUGAAGACAAA